CUGCCAUCUGAUCAGAAUCCUGUUUAGCGGGAAAUAUAUUUUUGAAAGCUGGAGUGCUGAGUUGGAAGGAAAGGAACAAAACAAAAACGCCGAAGGAACUUGCAGCUAAAAUAGGGACGUCGAAGAGAGAUGUUUCGCAUCACCCUAACCCUAACAUCCUUACUGCUGGCCGUGUUAGCAACAGCAAUACCCAAGCAGGACGAGAAGGACGCCAAAAGAAUAAUUGAAAAUGAUCUCAGUCACAAAGAGCAUUACCCGAAUGAAGAGGCGCAUAAUGUGGAGUACGACCACGAAGCUUUCUUAGGCCCUGACGAGGCCAAGUCCUUUGACCAACUUUCGCCCGAGGAGAGUCGAAAGAGAUUGGGGGUAAUAUAUGAUAAAAUUGAUAAGGACCAGGACGGGUUUGUUACUCCUGAGGAACUGCGUGGUUGGAUCACCUACACCCAAAAGCGGUACGUCAUCGACGAUGUGGAGAGACAGUGGAAGGCACACAAUCCCGAGAACAAGGACGCCAUUACUUGGCAGGAGUACAGAAAACUUGUGUACGGUUUCAUGGAUGAUACCGAUCCAAGUGCUUUGGAAAAGCAGGCUGACGUCGAGCAGGACGACAACGGCUUUUCUUACAAGGAGAUGCUGAAGAGAGACAGAAGGAGGUGGAGUGUGGCCGAUCAAGACCAGGACGAAGCCCUGACCAAGGAUGAGUUUACGGGAUUCAUUCACCCUGAGGAGGCAGGGCACAUGAGAGAACUUAUUGUUAUCGAAACAAUGGAAGAUAUUGACAAAGAUAAAGAUGGCAAAAUCUCCAUUGAUGAAUAUAUUGGGGACAUGUACCGAGGGAGUCCUGGUGAAGAGGAGCCAGAAUGGGUGAAGAGCGAGAAAGACCAGUUCGUGAGGUUCAGAGACAAAGAUGCUGAUGGUUUCAUGGAUAAAGAAGAGGUUAAGGGUUGGAUCAUCCCUCCCGAGUUUGACCACGCUGAAGCCGAAGCAAGGCACUUGGUUUAUGACGCAGACUCCGAUAAGGAUGGGAAGUUGACGAAAAGCGAGGUUCUCGACAAGUACGACCUGUUCGUCGGGUCGCAGGCUACUGACUUCGGAGAGGCCCUCACAAGACAUGAUGAGUUUUAGUCACCGUGUCAAAGUCCUACACCAAAGAUCUGACUAUAAUGAGCACCUCUCUUUGUAUUUUUUACUACAGAAAAGUUGAUAAUAAGGACCGACAUUACUUUCUCAAAACAACGCCACAGGUGCCAAACUAUGUAAUUAAUUAAUAAUGUCAAUUAUCAAGUUAACUGCAGCUUAUUUGCAUUUCUUACUGAAUGUAGUGGAGUUGAAGGAAACUUCAAAUUUUUAUUACGUUAAGAUUUAACAGAUUUAAUAUAAUAUAUAAACACUAAUUAUAAUUAGUCGAACUUAAUAAUAAUAAAUUAAA